CUACCCACGUGUGCCUUACUUGUUGAUGUUUCAUGCAUUAGUUGGCUAAUAAAAGGAGACGAUAGAGGAUGUUCAAGGCGAGGAGAUGGAAACAGUUUCUACAAAAUUCUAGGCAAGAAAAUUUAUGGUGAUCAAAACAUGCACGUUUAUAUACGUCAGUCCAUUCUCAACUAUAUGGAAAAAAUGGAAGAUCAAUACAGACGAUUAAUCCAGUGUGGUCGAAAUGAGGAAUAUAAACAAUUCCUAAGUCGCCACAGACGAGAUGGUGAGAUGCCUGACAGCGCUAUCUUUCAAGCUGUAGCUGACUAUUAUGACAUAAGUAUUGCCAUAAGAUAUAAUGGAAAUGCUCAUUUUACUCACAUUGUUAGAAAUGGAUCGGGUUCAGUGCAUCAUUACCAAGGUAGAGACAGGAUAUGGUCUACCUUACGUGUACUUGGUGUUACAAAAGUAAUACCAGUUGAUGAAGAGAUGGACAUGAUGGAUCAAAUUUAGAUCUUAUCACAAGCAAAGACAUUCCAAAGAAAGUAUUUAGUGUAUGGUAUGAAAGACUUUCCUUCCAAGAUGAACAUUUAAGAGAUAUUGUGUUGUAAAAAUCUCAAAUAUUAACUAUGGACUGAGCAAAAUCAAAGAUAAAAAAAAUUGUUAAACAGUAUA